CCUCUAGAUCAAACUUUAGAAUAAUAUGGCUAUUUCAAGAAAUUCACUGCCUUGGAUUCAGGAUCUUUAAUAACACUGGACGGAACAGAAAAACUGUGUCUGGAAGUAGGCUACAAGAUCAAAAAAUGUCAGACACAGAUUGUGCAAUUAAAAGACUCGGACAACAAACGCUAGCUGCAGUCCAAAUGAAGCUCAUCAAUAGCGAAGACGCAUCCAUAAAGGUAUGCGUGAAUUUUGCUUAUUGUGAACCCCCGCUGAGUGCCCAGUCACCAACAUGCCAGAAAAAAUACAAACUCUGCAGUUGCAGGCCUUUGCUCAGGCAUUUUCCAUAAAGGAAAUCACAGUCACAAUGACUCUCCAGUGGACAGCUGUGGCUUUUUUCCUCUAUGCAGAGAUAGUAGUCAAUCUCAUCUUGUGUAUACCCUUCAUAUCAGCACGGAGAUGGCGUUCGGUUUUCAGCUGGAGAAUAUGGAACUGGUUAUCUCCAUAUUGGAACAAGUGCUUCGUUACUAUGAUCAUGGUUCUAAUUGUUCUUUUCCUUGAUGCUGUCCGUGAGGUGCAGAAGUACUCAGGUCCUGAGCCCAUGCACGACGCCAAGGUGAACCCAAAUUUGUACGACAAUGUCCACAUGAAGCUGUUCAGAGCCCAGAGGAACCUCUACAUAUCUGGCUUCUCUCUCUUCCUCUGGCUUAUCAUGCGUCGGAUUGUCACCUUGCUAAACCAGGUUGCUAUCACCGUGGAGAACAGUUCAGGUCUUCAGGCACAAAUGGACAGUGCUGUCAAAGCAGCCAAGCAGCAUCAGGAUGACAACUUGAUGCUCAAACAAGCUCUCCUGGAUGAGGAACAAUCCAUGUCAGCAAAAACCCAGCAAAUGAAGCUGGAGGCUGACAAGUUGGCGGAUCAAGUGAAAGCUGCUGAGGAGGCUGUGCGCAAGUCUCAUGCUGAAGUGGAGGCCAUGAGGAGGCAGGCCAAAGGUCUGGCACAUGAGUAUGACAGACUAUUGAGGGAACACCAUCAACUCCAGAAUCUCCAGAGUCCUGCAGACAAAAAGGAUCAAUAACCACAGGAACACAGAUUUCUUCUGUACAUGAAUACCUUUUCUUCUUAUUACACUACAACUGUGUGCUGUAUGCAGUAUGUCACUAGAGGCAAUGUUUGUAUUAUAUUUUACAACUUUAAUUUUCUUUUGAAGUUUGAACUGAGGCACGUUUUUUAAUUGAUGGGAUUAAACAAACGGCAGGCUACAGUAUAUCUGAUAAAAAAAGAGCAUGCUGACAUCUUCUUACUAAAGUCUUUAUCAUGAACAUAAAACAUUUGCAUGUUACUCUAUUAUUAGUUAAAGUGUACAAAUUAAUUAAAAGCUAACAUUCAAUAUUAAUACCUGACAACCAACAACAAAGAAAUGUAUUAUUUUAUGCUAGAUUUUGUCACUUGCAUACACCAGACCACUGCAAUAGUCUUCCUGUAAGCACAUAAUGACUAAUGCAUACAUGCUGUGCAUUAAAAGGUACAAUAUGUAACAUUUCUGCUUUAAAAUGUCUAAAAAUGA